AUGUUGGAAGCACGGUUGGAGCAGGCGAGCAUCCUGAAGAAGGUUGUCGACGCCAUCAAGGAUCUGGUGCAGGACUGCAACUUCGACUGCAAUGACAGCGGCAUCGCCUUGCAGGCAAUGGACAACAGCCAUGUCGCACUUGUGUCUAUGAUGCUCAAGGCUGAGGGCUUCUCACCUUUCCGCUGCGACCGCAACAUUGCCCUCGGUGUAAACCUCACCUCCCUCACCAAGGUGCUACGGGCGGCGCAGAACGAGGAUAUCCUCACGCUCAAGGCCGAGGAUGCGCCCGAUGUUCUCAACCUUGUCUUUGAGAGCUCAGAGUCUGACAGGAUCUCCGAGUACGACCUCAAGCUCAUGGACAUUGACCAGGAGCACCUGGGUAUUCCCGAGACCGAGUACGCGGCGACAAUUACCAUGCCUGCCUCCGAGUUCAAGCGCAUCACAACAGAUCUGAUAGCCAUGUCUGAAUCGGUGACCAUCGAGGCGACCAAGGACGGCGUCAAGUUCUCGUGCCAGGGUGACAUCGGCAACGGCUCCGUCACGCUGCGGCAACACUCCAACGUCGAUAAACCGGCCGAGUCGAUCGAUAUCGAGCUCAGCGAACCCGUCUCGCUCACCUUUUCCCUGAAGUACCUCGUCAACUUCUGCAAGGCCUCGGCCUUGUCCAACACCGUCAAGAUUUGCCUCUCCAACGAGGUGCCGCUGCUGGUUGAGUACAGCCUGGCGGGAAGCAGUUACUUGCGCUUCUAUCUGGCGCCAAAGGUAUGUACACGCUACGCUUGUGAUCUUUGGAUAUGUGCUGACUAA